GAGGGAAUAUAAAGUAGGGAUGGUGUCCUUUGGGAUAUUCUUGACAUUGCCUCCCUCAGCGUUUCCAUUUUUUCCUUUGUGAUAUCCCCUGAUACCCAGACCUCUCCUCUCGCGCAAUGGCACCAACCUACGCCGACCAUCCCUUCCCCCUCAUCCCCACGCCCGUCUUCCUCAAGGGCAAGGAUGCCAAGAUAGAUUUCUUCGACCGCUGUGCCUCCGAGAUGGCCUGCGUCCACAACAUGGUGUCGAGGGGUCUCAACGCCAUCUACCUCCAGGCACCACACAUCCAGGCCAAAGACGAGAAGGCCUUCUGCACAUUCAUCACCCACUGGUACAACCUCCUGCAUUUACACCACGCCGGUGAGGAGGAAGACUUCUUCCCGACUAUCGAGAAGAUGGCGGGCGAGAAGGGCAUCAUGGAGCACAACGUGGACCAGCACCACGCCUUCCUGGGCGGCUUCGAGGCCCUCGGCAGCUACGCCAAGGCCUGUGCAGCGGGCGAUCAGAAGUACGACGGCCGCAAGGUCGUCGAGAUGAUUGACGGGUUCGGCAGCGAGCUGUCGCAGCACCUCGCCGACGAGAUUCCCACAAUCGAGGGGCUGCGGCGGUUCGGCGAGGAAAAGAUGGCCGGCCUGACGGCGGUUUUAGAUAGGGAAGGCGAGAGGAAUCAGAAAAACCUCGGCAUUAUGGGCUUGUGUGCCUGCUAUGCCAUGCUGGACAUCCACUACGAGGACGACCUCUGGAUCAACUGGCCACCGGCUCCGGGUGUCGUGAAGUUCGUGUGCAGGAACGUCGUCUGGCGGCUCAAUGCCGACAUGCUCAAAUUCGGAGCUGUCGACAAGGAUGGGAAGAUGAAGCCCCUGUACGCCGUCCCACAGGAAACUGAGGGGACUGCCUAAGGGGCCUUUCUCCAGAGAAUGUCGACGCUCCAUUGUAUCUUGUUGUGCGAUCCCGGUAUAGAGCGGAGGAGUUCGGUGUCCGUCCUUUUUUCCUCUUGUGCUUCAGGAUAUAAGAAAAUCUCCGCCUAGGCGUGAACUAUUAGAUGUACCGUAUAUACGUAUAUACAUACAUACUAGAUAUCAAGUUAGUUGAUUUACCGAAAAAAUACUUGAUACCAUCUA